AAUUUCAGGACACAGCCAAAAAAACAAACUCGCGCUCUUCUCUCCUCGCUUCUCUCAUCUCUCAAUGUUUGUCUCUCAUAUUUGUGGCGAAACUUCCUUGAAGAGAACCCAAAUUCCCAUGCAAGAAAAAAAUACAUCAGAAACCUAGCGAAUACCCUUCUUACGUUCUUUAUCUGCUAAUACCUAUAUUUCCAUCUAUACUGUUUUUCAUCUUUGUUGGUUUCAUUUGUUUGUUUUUUUUUUGGAUAUUAUUCUUUUACAGGGGAGAAAACGAGAACGAACGGAUGAGUUUGUCGCCUAUGUCCUUGUUCUGGAGAUCUAAUGCUUGCCCUUCUGAGUGUCUUUUAUGAAUUCUGAUUGGUUAUAUCUAAUGGUUGGUUUUCUGUUCUGAAAUUAGGGUUUCACGUCUCACUUCUUUUUCUCGUAAGGAAGUGUCUCUGGUUUUCCCAGAUUUUGCGGCCUACAAAGCUAUUAGUGCUGGUUGGGAGGUUAUUCUAGUAAGAUGUCGAGCCAGUAUCCAAUUCUUGGAAACCGACCAAUUGAUCAGUGGAAAGUUACUGAGUUAAAGGAAGAGCUUAGGAGAAGGAAGCUCACAAUAAAGGGGUUAAAGGAUGACUUGAUAAAACGAUUGGAUGAAGCAAUUCGCAUUGAGAGGGAAGCUGCUGCCAACGAAGAAGUUAAUGGUUUUGAUUGUGAUACCAAAGAGGUUAACAGUGAAGAGGCGGAGCUAAAGCAGAUUGACACUGAAAUUAUCGUAGAUACUGAGGUUUGCAGUGAAAAUAAAACCCAAGCAGCAGAAGAUACUGAGGACAACAAUGAAAAUAAAACCCAAGCAGCAGAAGAUACUAAGGACUGCAGUGAAAAUAAAUCCCAAGCGGCAGAAGAUACUUACGGCAGUGAAGGUAAAAUUCAAGCAGCAGAUGCUGAUGAGUCUGUUGUUUGCAUUGAUGACAGUCCACCUGAGGACGGCAGUGAAAAUAGAACCCAAGCAGUAGAAGAUACUAAGGACAACAAUGAAAAUAAAUCCCUAGUGGCAGAAGAUACUUAUGGCAGUGAAGAUAAAAUUCAAGCAGCAGAUGCCGAUGAGUCUGUUGUUUGCAUUCGUGACAGUCCACCUGAGACAGCUCAAGGACAAGCACGAGCUGAGGAGUCAACUGGUAAUACAGAUCCUGUGUGUGUUGUUGAUGAACCAGCUGUACAUGUAGUGUCUAUGGAAACCACUGUCACUGUCGGUCAGACUGUGGUAACACAGUCUGCAUCAAGCGAGCAGGAGUUGCAGAGCAAUGAAUUCAAGACUGAGGAUGAGAAUCAAAAGCCUCUCAAAGAAGAUGCUGUGCUCAACCUUUACGAUCCGAACAAUCAGGUAUCUGAGGUGAGCCCUGUUUUAGGGUCUCAAGUAAAGUAUGAGUCUAUUUCUACUGAUUCUGUGUCAAUUAUUGAAAAGAAUGAACUAAAGGAUAAUUUGAAUGCUGAUAAUUUCCAUUUAGAACUAGAAGUUAAGCCGGAGAUGGUGCAUCCAUCAUCCAGUCAUGUUCCUCCUAAUGGUGGCAAUUUACAUCCACUGGAUAAUCAAGAGCCACGUGAGAACCAGGGCUCUGUUGAAGAUAUUGAUGACACCAAUAACCCUAAUGUGGACAUUAGCAAGAAAAAUGAUAGUGCUGAUGGGGGUUCCCCAGAAAAAUUAAAUUUAGACCGCAGUUCCGGGGAUGAUUCAAUGGAGGAGGAUGUAUUGGAGAGUAAGCAGAUUGAUUCUAAUCAUAAUUCUGAUGAAGUUAGAGAUAGGAAGGAGCUUACCGAAGUGCAUAUUGUAAAAGAAGAAUGCCUAGUUGAUGCUAUGGGGGAUGGCUUUUCUUCUGAGAAGAAAGAAGUUCCUGAUGAUAAUAAGAAUCGUCAUGCUGUUCCUGCAGAGAAGAGAAAAUUUGAAGAUCAAGAAGCAGUUGGGAACAUUGAACCUCCAAAAAGACAGCGUCGAUGGAAUUCUGAAAAUAUCAAAGUUCCUGAACUGCAAACCUCUAAUUUCACACCUUCUACGACACCUAAAGAUGUUUCCCGCUCUACCUUCCCCAAACGAAACUUCACUAGGUCGGAUUCAAAUAUAAGCGAAGAAGCACCCAAGGAACGUGUUGUUCCACCUUCAUCAAAACCUCCAACCACAUCACUUAGAGUCGAUCGUUUUCUCCGUCCAUUUACUCUUAAAGCAGUGCAAGAGCUUCUAGCAAAAACUGGAAAAGUCUCUAGUUUCUGGAUGGAUCACAUCAAGACACACUGCUAUGUCACGUAUUCAUCAGUAGAAGAAGCCAUAGAGACUCGAAAUGCGCUGUACAACCUCCAGUGGCCACCGAAUGGAGGACGGUUAUUGGUGGCUGAGUUUGUUGAUCCCCAAGAAGUGAAAGUGCGGGCUGAAACUCCCCUCCAGCCUCAAGCACCACCUGUCACUACAAGUCCCAAGGCUCCGGCAGCCCCUUCAAACUUCCAGACCCAGCCUCCUGCUCGUCAACAUGGGCUGCGGCAGCAGCUCCCACCCCCACCUCCCCUCCCACCACCACCACCAUCAAUAUCUGACCAACCCACGGCAAGGGAAAAGCUGCCUCUUCCACCCCCACCUCCACCCCCAAAGAAGCCAGAACCAAUGAUUGUUACUCUUGAUGAUCUGUUCAGGAAGACUAAAACUACCCCUCGGAUAUAUUACUUGCCAUUGUCAGAUGAACAAGUUGCAGCAAAGCAUGCAGCAAGAGGGAGAAGGGCCAAUGAGUAUGAUUGUCUUGUGUUUGUACCUGGCACUUACGCUCUCUUGCUAAUUAUAGUUGGUAUGUCGGAUGCUAAGAAGGUGCUUUUUUCUAUGUAAUCAGGUCUUUGCAGCGAGAAGCAUUCAAUUCUGUAAGAAUGAAAUGACCCGAGCAAGUUUGUGCAGAAGGGAUCAGGAUCGUCGGUCGACGUGGAAUUCUGUACAGUGGUUCUAGGAUUGAGAUUUAUCUAUGAGUUUUAAGUAAUGGCUCCUGUGAACAUAUUUAUUAGAACUUUGGUCACAGAAACGGUCCAUUUUAUCAAACCCGUAGUGCUUUCUGGUUAAUAACAUGGGGUGCAAUACUUGGUGAACUUCAAACCUUGUAGUUUUAGAGUCAAUGCGGAUGAUGAUGUUCCAAUUAGUCUUUGUUUUGGAUUGGAAUUCAUGUUUGGUACAAAGUAAAGAACCGUAAUACUGUAUUCUUUGCUGUAGCGGUCAUAUGAGCUUUGUUUUUGGUCGGUU